AUGGCACAACAAAACGGCGCUUCUGGUGACGUUGUCAACCCAGCCGAAUUCGCGACGACUCUUCGAGAGAUCCGCGAAGGCGAACAACAGGCAGCUAUGAUGGAAAAGAACCUCACAGCGCUCGAGAAAAAGAUAGACGCUAUGCUAGUGAUGGCUGAGAAGACUGAACGCGAGGUGAAAGCGAGGCAGGCAAGCCAAGCUGGGGCAGCGCAAACUCAACUAGAAAAUGCUGCUCCAACCGUCGCAAAGGAAAAUACCCGCGAAUAA